AUGGUGAAGGCAUGUUGUUCGAAAUUCGGUUGUGGGCGUCACAUCAUGAAAAGGGGUUCGAAAGAAUCAAAAACCCUUGAACCACCCCGCACAGACAUACUUCGGUUGCCAUAUGGCAUCGCGAGCUGA